CACUACUCACCGUCUUCUCAUGGGAAGACCCAACGUCAGACUCCAACUAACGUCUAUCAUCAAAGGAAAAUACAUCGCUUGCCGGAAACUUGGCGAAGGCGGAUGCGGAGUGAUCUACGAAGUUGCCCUUAUUGAGUCGCCCCAUCGUCGAUUCGCCUGCAAAGCUGAAGACCAAGACAGCGGACGCGAUGAAGAAAUUCUCAAAAUGGAAGCCAAAGUUAUGAAGAAGAUUAAUCAAACGAAAAGCAUACAUUGUCCACUCUGGAUUGAAGGCGGGAAGUUUGAAAAUUACAACUACUUGAUUAUGACAUUACUUGGUCCUUCCGUCAGCGAUUUGAGAAAAGCCAUUCCAAGUCAAAAAUUCACGCUUUUCACAGUGAUAGUGAUCGGAGUGCAAGCACUUGAUGCUUUGAGGGAGGUGCAUAACGCUGGCUUUGUCCAUCGCGAUAUAAAACCGUCCAACUACGCGAUCGGAGACACGGGAACACCCAAGGAGAAACUUAUUUACAUACUAGAUUUUGGCCUCGCACGAGCAUAUAGAGUUCAAACUCCAGAGGGGAAAUGGAUACUUCGAAAUCCAAGAAGGACUGCACAAUUCAGGGGAACUACUCGCUACUGCUCCAUCAAUGCGCACGACAGAGAGGAACAAGGCAGGCACGAUGACUUAUGGUCACUUUUCUACAUGCUUGUAGAAAUGAUUAUUGGCAACUUGCCAUGGAAAAAUAUGACCGAUCACGCAACUGCAGAACGAGAAAAAACCGACAAAGAGCAGGAACUCCUAGACCAAUCACCAAAAGAGUUUGAAUUGUACUUGACACAUGUCAAACAGCUGGGUUAUGGAAUUACGCCCGACUAUGAGCUUCUUCGUAACAUUUUCUUAAACGUCUUCAAGAGGAACAAAUUUGAUUUUUCCAUGAAACUCGACUGGGAAAAAGACGGAAAAUAUGGAAAUUUGUACAGCUGGAAUAGAUGCUCGCUACCGCGUGUGACCUCGAAAGAUAGCACUGUGUUUACUCUUGAACAAUUGCUGAAAAUGCCAAAGAAUUUGGUAGAAGUAACUGAAGAUAUGGCACUGAAAACACAAGAAAGGGAAUGGUAUGCUACAAUUUCAUCGCACGACGACACGCUUGAAGAAGAAGCUGAAAAGACAAUCGAGCCAGAAGUGCAGUUACCUUCACUUGCCAUGGAUUCCUCGCCAAGAAAAAAGUCAUAUGAGAACAGGAAAAAGGAACAACUUGCCACACCCAAAUAUACACCUCCAAAACAGGAGCAAAAGAUGGAUGCUCCUAAACUUGUCACACCUAAGUACACGCCGCCUAAGUCACAGGAGCAGAAACCGAAUGUUCCAAAAACACCUGAAAAGAAGACUGCAGUCAUACCGUUGUAUAUCCCAGGAUUCCAGACAGCAGUAAUCCAAAAAAGCCCUGUACAAAAAAAGCGUUCUACGAUCGAAGAGAAAUCUAGAGAAAAGAAGGCUGAUGCAGGCAAACAUUCACCAAGUAAAGUUCAACAAAAGCAGGUGCAAGGUUUUUUUUUUUCAGGUUAA